UGAAGGCAGCACAACGUGAAGCUCCAGUCGGCGGUGACAGCGGGAGAGAAGCGUCGCCGCGUCCGGGACAAACCCUCCGCUCAGUCCGGGUACAACCCGGGUACACUCCGUGUGGAAGGUGCUUAAAGUUCGUGGUAUUAAUAUCAGUGUAGCUACAAGCGGCUCCAGCCACGUGGAGGUCUCCCCACUGGAUACCUGUUGGACGGCGGUGUUUGCGGAGCGGCUAGCCCCGUGAGGUGUUAGCCGCCGCCCCGGUGUCCCGGUCUGGUCCCGGUCCAUGGCUCCCGCUCGCCCGCCUGUGAGCGGCCACUAGCUGACACUUCCUUCCUUCCUUCCACCCGCCAUGGGGGCGCGGUGGUCCCGCAGCGACAGCAACCUGUCGCUGCUCCCGGGCCGGCGCGGCGCGGACCGGGGGACGGAGGACAGAGACUCCGAUAACGAGUCCCUGGACGGGCUGGUCCGGAGGGAGGACAUCGCCCAGUUCCCGUACGUGGAGUUCACCGGCAGGGACAGCAUCACGUGUCCGACGUGCCAGGGCACGGGCCGGAUCCCGUCAGGUCAAGUGAACGAGCUGGUGGCUCUGAUCCCGUACAGUGACCAGAGACUGCAGCCUCAGAGAACGAAGCUGUACGUGGUCCUGUCGGUGGUGCUCUGCCUGCUGGCCUCCUCCCUGGUGGCCUUCUUCCUCUUCCCUCGAGCCGUGGUGGUGGUGGACGACGGGGUCCGCUCCGUCACGGUGCGCUUCGACCGCUCCAACAAGAGGGUCCAGAUGAACAUGACGAGCGUGAUCAACUUCACCAACCCCAACUUCUUCUCGGUGCUGGUGGACAGCGUGACCUGCCAGGUGCUCUACAUGAAGACGGUGGUCGGCGCGCGGCAGCUGGACAACGUCACCAGCAUCCUGCCGCUCGGCCAGCGCCAGGUGAACUACACUGUGAGCGUGGAGAUCGGCAGCAGCGCCCCCUACGUCUAUGAGUUCUGCACCAUGCCCAGCAUCAAGGUGCACAACAUCGUGGUCUUCAUGCAGACCUCGGUGAAGACCUCCUACAUGGUGAGGACGUCCCAGAACAGCCUGGAGGCGUACCGCUACAUCGACUGCGGCUCCAACAGCACGUACCGGGCGGCGGCCCAACACGGACUCUUCUCCUCGCCGGACGCCCCGUGAGGGCGGCGGUGGCGGCGAACACCGAAGACGUCUGAGUCUCUGAGCUUUUACACUGAACUCUAGAGCGAACACACGGCAGCAGAGUGUGAGUUCUAACAGGCAGGAAUCAUCUACUGGCUUUUUACACCCAGACCGUCACCAUAAGACACGCCCACUCCAGGUCUGGGGUUCGAUUCCUGAUGCGGGUUCACUUUACUCUCUGAGGAUAGAGUCGCGGGAUCAGGAUUAACUUCAGGUUGUGGCUUCGUGAGACGGCUUGUUUUCAGGGAUUAGAGGUGGAAAGCUUGGCUGAUGUGAUCGUUUGUUGGAUUUGAAGUCAGGAUUAGGGAUUAGAGAGAUUCCAGCUCUUUGCUUCAGCGAGUCGUGUUGUGAUUAGAGUUCUGGGUUCGUCACUGCAGGUAAUCGGUUAGACUGAGGUUUGGGCGGGUGGGAUUAAAUUCUUUAUAUUAAAGAAGAUUUCAGGUAAAAAAGUGGAUGACGGUUUAGUUGAUUGGGGAUUAGGGGGUAGUUAGGGAUAAGGGGUAUUUAGUAGGGGUUUGGACAAAAUGGUUUGUUUUGGGUUCUGGUCCAUCCUGAUACUGGAGGAUUGAUUCUGGUUCUUCAGAGCCGUCGGGGUCGUUUCUCCAUCAGACUCAAAGUUCCCAACUCUCCUCGUUUUUUUUUUCUUUUUGCACCUUGAAAGUUUUUUUUCUUUCUUGUCUUGAGUUAGAAACUAGAACAUUUAGUUUUUAAAUGACUUGAAAAGUCAUUUCUUGGUACUUCGUCUCCUCACACUGUUCCUCUAAGCUCACCUGCAAACUGGAGCCAAUGUUCUCACUUUGUAUUGGAUCAGGGAAAAACGGUUCUCUCCUCCUGUUAAGGGCUUUAACCUCCGAGUCUUUCACUGUACCCAACGGUCCGGACGCUUCUGGAAACUGAGCUGUAAGACUUGAUUUGAAGGAGCAGCUGCUGCAGCUGGUUGUUUUAUCCAAAGCACUUAUUUUCAAGCUUGAUUCUGUUUCUGAAAGUGAAUUAAAGGGAUUGAAAAUAAAAGGAAAAUAAAACCCCAAUGCUUGUUUUUUGUUGU